AUGGAUAAAAAUUGGAAUAAUGAAACCAAUUCUGAGGAAAAUUUGUCUAAUAUGAGCCUCGAAUCCCUAUCACUGGGACAAAGGCUAUUAUCUAAGUGCUUAAAAAAGACCGGCAUAAGUGUAAGCGUACGAGGUAUAGCAGUUAACACAACCAGCCAAAUUAAGACAGCGGGAAGCGCUUGGAAAUCAGAAGUAAAGUACGAAUCAAACGUCGAAAGCAAAACCGGAACACUGGACGAUGUUUCAUUCCCAGAUUUACUGGGCUCGAGUAACCGAGAUGUUAGUGUAAAUAAUCGGAUCUCGGAAACCUCAAGCGUCACCAACGACCAAGAUCGCCUCUCCAAGGAACCUCGAAGUACCAGAUACAAGUUCAAACAUAGAAUUUCAAGCGUUAAAUCAGUUGCCAGCCCAGGAUUCCAUAGUAGUCGUGACAGCAGCUACUCCAACUCGUUAUCUUUCAGAAAUUCCAACAGCGAUGACACUGAUAAUAUCCUGGGUACCGACUUCCUGAUGCCUGGAAUGAAGGGCAACUACCCACUAGGGUUUACCAACUUCAUCGGAAGAGGUGUAGAGUCACCACCUCCACCUCCACCUUCAGUGCCGUACCCAGCCAACCCUAACGGGAUCUACCAAGGUUUUCAGCAGUAUGCAACAAGGUUGAAGAGUAAUUCGAGACCUCAAAUGUUUAAACCAAACGUUAUGGUGGAGUCGCCUACCGUCUCAGAGUCUAAUUGGAUGGACAACAAAAGUGAUGGAUAUAACGAAGCUGAACUGACAACAGCAAUUGACACUCUUAACCACUCAAUUCUAUCAGAUAGAACAAGAGACGAUAGACUUACAAUUAAGCAGUAUGUAUCUGAUAAGCUGUCGCAGCCUUUUCUGGAUUUAACCAACUAUAAAGACAACUCUCUUUUAUUGCAAGAGUCAUUAACCAACAAACUAGAUGAAAGACUCGUCGGACAGCUAGAAAGUAGACUAACAAAUCAGUUAGAAAACACAUUAUCAAAUCAGCUGGAAAAUACACUGUCAGACCAGCUGGAACCCACAAUUCAUGAAACUCUUACAAGUGAUUUAUCACCUUUAGCAGAGAAGCGUAAAAAGGAUCGUUAUCCAAGACGCAAAAAACCCACUAGUACAUCUUCUAACGCUCAAACUGUAAAUACUAAUCAACCAAACAUUAAUGCUAAAUCUCAAAAGGAUAAAAAGGACAGGUUAUUCACUAAUCCUGAUCCAACUAAAACUAAUGACGUUCCAACUUCACAACCUCCAGACUCUACAGCGCCUCCCGCUACUUCUAGUGUUUCUGAACAGCCUCCUGACCCUAAAAAUGAUAAACUUCCCACCUCGGGAACAGGCUCCGGUAGGUCUCGUAGAUCCCGUCACAGGCCCAAGUCCCACCACAGGGACGAGGAUGAGAACUGGAGGAACUCCGCAAACGAAAAACCACAAAAUAACGCAGUCAAUUCAGAGAAAAAUACACACGAACGGAAAUAUUUCAAAAGUAAGCCUAAGCAUAAACAUCAGCAAAACACUGAGCCGAAUACCACUAAAGUUGAUUAA